AUGGCACAAAGGAAAGAAAAUAUAGUGAUGUUCCCAUUCAUGGCACAAGGCCACAUAAUCCCCUUCUUAGCACUAGCACUCAAACUGGAGCAGCAAAAGGGUUACACCAUAGCUUUUGUCAACACCCCUCUCAACAUCCACAAACUCAAAGCAUCUCUUCCUCCAAACUCUUCCAUUCGCUUCCUUGAAAUCCCCUUCAACAGCACUGACCAUGGCCUCCCUCCAAACUCCGAAACCACCGAGUCACUCUCUCCUCUUCUCAUGUACCAAUUCGUCGAAUCAUCUCCUUCUCUCAAACCCGCCUUCACAAAACUCAUGUCUAAUCUCGUCAAAGAACAACACGGCCGGCCACCACUUUGUGUCAUCUCCGACAUGUUUUUCGGGUGGUCUGCGGCGGUUGCUCACAAAUUUGGCUCAUUUCAUGCAAUCUUUAACGCCGGAGGGUGUUAUGGAAUGGCAAUCUUUCACACUAUGUGGUUGAAUCUGCCUCAUUUUAAUGUAAGCUCCGAUGAAGUUUCACUCCCUGGUUUCCCGGAAGGAUAUAGUUUUCAGGUGAAAAAACUGCCGGUGUCUCUUAGAACAGUCCCUGGUCCUUGGGAGUUUGCACUCAAGAUGUUCCGAGAAUGGUUGGAGACUGAUGCAAUGCUGUUCAACACAGUGGAGGAGAUAGAUCAGACUGGAUUGAAGUACUUCAGGAAACAAUUCAGCUGUUCAGUAUGGGCUCUAGGGCCUAUUCUGUCACCUCUAGGAAGCAAAGCCCGGGCUGGAAAAGAAGCAGCAACCAUAUCGAAUCUCUGCAUAAGAUGGCUCGACACCAAACCAGCUAAUUCAGUUUUAUACGUUGCAUUUGGGUCACAAAAUACGCCUUCACAAUCACAAACCAGAGAAUUGGCCAUGGCACUGGAGGCUAGUGGCAAAAAUUUCAUUUGGGUUGCUAGGCCACCAUCAACCUUCGUAGAAUCGAACUUUUCGGAUCCAUCAUUAGAAUGGUUGCCGAAAGGGUUUGAGCGAAGGAUUCGAGACAACAACCGAGGACUACUGGUGCAACAAUGGGCACCCCAGAUGGAAAUUCUGUCCCACAAAUCAAUCGGUGCGUUUCUAAGCCACUGUGGGUGGAACUCGGUGAUCGAAGCUCUCAGCAAUGGCGUCCCAAUGCUUUCGUGGACAAUGGAUGCUGAGCAGCCUUUCAAUGCGAAGAUGCUGGAGGAAGAGAUAGGUGUUUGUGUUGGGCUGGCUUGUGGGACUGAUAGUGAGGUCAGGCAUGAGGACAUAGUGAGAAAGAUCGAGUUGGUGAUGAACGGGACAGAGAAAGGUAAGGACAUGAAGAAGAAAGCUUGUGGUGUUAGAGAGAUGAUCAAGAGAGCUUCUUCCAUGGAAAGAAAAGGUUUCAAAGGGUCUUCAGUGAAAGCCAUGGACGAGUUUCUCAAUGCAGCAAUGCAAAUGAGUAAGAAGCUUUAA